GGUAGGACUACUGGUAUGCUGUAGAGUAUAUAGGGCUGCGGGGUAUGCGGGAAGGUGGUUGAGGAUGAUCUUUACAACGAUCGUCGAUCUCUCAAACCAUCUUCUUCUUGCCUCGCUCUCCCUCCCCAUCCCGCGCGUCGACAACCCACUGUAAACCCUCUCUCAGCUCUCAUUUUGCAAACAACCUUUGAGCCUCGUACCAAGAAACUAUGGCCAACGGAAACGGAGUUCUCGGAUGGACGCCCAAGCUCUGGGCCGCCGUCGUCGGCUUGGUCGCUUAUGGGAUUGUCGCCUGUUUCCUCUCCUUCCGAUGGUGGAAGAGCGUGAAACCGCGUCGAUGGACCCUCGUUCUCGUCAUCGGCGCGUGGACGAUGACCCUCGGGUUCUUGAUCAGGAUCAUCUGGGGAAUCGGGGAUAACGUGGAUAGCAUUCCGGUCUAUGCGAUUCAGAAUUUGUUCCUCCUCUUAUCACCCUGCGCCUACCUCGCGUUCAGCUACAUGGUGCUCCCCCGCCUAGCGACCUACCUAGACGCCGAGGAUUGCUUGUUCUUACGGUCCAGGUGGAUCGUGAGGAUCUUUGUCACUGCGGACGUGGUCACCUUUUUGACCCAAGCGAGUGGGGGUGGGAUGGCGGCUAGUGGUGGGGAUAUGGCAAAGACGGGGGACAAGUUGACUCUCGGAGGGUUGAUCCUCCAGGUCAUCUCCUUUGGUCUUUUCACCUUCCUGACCGUCUGGUUUGGGUACCGAUCUCGCUCGCGUCACAUGGUCUGGACGUCCCGGAACCCCUCGGCCGGGCAACGAUUCUUCAACCGCUGGACCACCCUCUAUUACGUCCUCCUCCUCACCUGCGUCGCCUACCUCACUCGGUGCAUCUUCCGAGUAGCCGAGUUCGUUAACGGAUACGACAGCUACCUGGCCACCCACGAGGGUUACUUUUACCUGUUGGAUGCUCUGCCGCUGGUCAUCGCCAUCUCCUUGUUCUUCUUCGUCUGGCCUCCCAGCAUCUUUGCACACGAUGCCAACGCUCUCGAUGGAGGAUCGCGUGAGUACGGGACUGCGACUGCGACCGGGUCGCCUUCUUACGAUCCGGAGAACAAGGGGACCGACGUUGAAAUGCGACACGUUUGAUCGAUGGCGCCCUCACCGAACAGAUGGAGGAUAUUCGAGCAAGUUGUUACCCGCCCGGGCGACGGGAUAUAUACCCAUGUACCCUCCUCAACCCCAAGCUCGAGCGCAGGGUUACAACGAGCCCCAGUAUACUUGUGGUCGUUAGGCAUGAUGAAGGACGUAUGACAUUCGGUGUUAAAAGUAGACAAGCGAUAGUAGAUAGACUGGACGGAAGAUGUAGUUUGGCAAUAGAUCUGAGUUCGAUGGUACGAUACGAUAUGAUACGAUAUGAUAC